AUGGCUCAAGUCAAGUUCAUCAUCGAAGAUCGAGAACUCAAGACAACGAGAGAGCGCGAGCUCCGCUCAGCAGAGGCUCGAGCUCAUGCAGCGCGGAUAUCGCAUCAACGCAAGGGCACUGCUUCUAGAACUUCUCGAAUAGUCCCGUUGCGUGUUAAGCAUACUGAGCUGAUACACAAAGGGACCACCCACACGGGCGUGGGAACGGAGGAGGACGAUCCACCAGAGAAUGACAACUUCUUGUCAAGAAUGCUGGGAGGAGGGCGGAUUGAUCCAUUUGAGACGUCGCCUAUUCGAAAACUACCCGAUUACAUCUUGAGUAUUCUCGACAAUGCUUGGAUGGACAUCUGGUCGGCGCUCCGGCCCCACCGCCAAAUCGGAGUCAUCCAUCCGGAUAUCUAUGCAUGGAGAACCGCUGGGCUUAGCUGCGAUGCACUGUUUCACGCAUACGUGGCAGGUGCUGCAGGAAUAGCGUUAGCUCGAGGCGUUGGCCAGGAGCUGAGGGAACAGAUCGGGCGAACACAAAUCUAUCACACGGUGAAGGCCAUCAACGGUGUGAGCCAGGAGCUUAGUAAAAACGAUGGGCCGCCCUCAGAUUCUCUUCUUCUGGCAGUAAUGACGCUAAGUGGGCAUGGUGAGGCCUUUGCAGAUGAGGGGCAAGAAGAGCCAUAUGUUCGCUCACCAUUGGUACAAGCAAACAGGGUGAAUGUCUUCGCUCGACUGUCGAUCACACCUGCUCACUCUCAAGCGAUCGGAUCACUUAUAAUGAAGAAAGGGGGGAUUGGUGGAAUUGUACUCCCCGGCUUUCGCAGGUUGCUAUGCUUGACAGACCUGCUGCAGUCGACCAUCCAGACCACCCAGCCAAUGCUCCCAUAUGUCGGCGUAUCCGAGUCUCUAGUUUCCUCUCGUGUCCACACCCGUGAUGCGAAAGCAUCGGCGCGAGCUGCUAUUCUGGGAACUGGGUUCUGGGUCGAGGGUUUCCCUGCCAUUGACGCAGACUUCCAGGCGAUUCUCUUGGCAGCAUGCGAGCUGACAACGGCGCUGGACCACUUCCAACGAAAAGAGAACAACCCUCCUGUCUGGGUCGAUAUUAUCGAGUUCAGGUCGUGGGUGCAAUAUCGCGUAUUGUCCCUCCAGCCACGGCUUUCGGCAAGUCUAGAUAUCCAAGAUUAUACAUACGAGGCAUGCCGACUCGCAACACUAAUUUAUGCAGACCUAAAUAUAUGGCCCCUGCCGAAGUCGACAAAGACCAGAUCUCGCUUGGCUGGAAAGCUGCACGAGGUCAUGACACAGCGUGCUGGAAGCGAAGGCGCUGCUAUUUCCAAUGACUUUUUGCUGUGGAUCGGCAUGAUGGGCGCGAUCGCGGCACGCCAUACAAAGUACGAGGACUAUUUCCUGGACUUGCUGGCCCGGGACACUCGGGUGCUCUCAUGGCCCAGCUUCAGCCUGAUCAUGUUGGAAUUUCUUUGGUGUGAUUUUGCCGUUGCGCCGCUGGCACGCCCGUUAUGGCAGCAAGCACGUGCGAUGAAGAAGUUUCAUGAGUUCCCAUAUUGCGCGGCCAAACUGCCCACGAACAUAAUCAUUGAAUUGGACGUGCUGGAGCACCAAAAUUUGGGGUCAACUCUAGAGUAUCCACAGACCCAAUUUGUUGCCUCGAUGAAUUCAUGUCAGGCUGUGAGGAGCUCAAUAGAGAUGACAACGAGAUGUGCGUCCGAAGUAAACCGAGCAGUGACUGGUGCACAAGGAGCAAUUGAGGUGGAGGCAGUGACCGUCAAAUGA